CCGCGGGGAAGGCGGCGCGGGAGGGGAGGGCAGCGCACGGAGCAGCGCGGGGCCGGCUCCGCCAUUCAGGCGCGCGGCCUCCCCUCCCCCAGCCCCCACCGGCGCAUUGUUACACUCGCUCCCAUCCAUUCAGAGCCCGAGGCCCGCCGCGCCCCUGCCAGCCCCGGCUCCGCGCAGGAGGGCACCGCUGCAGCCCGCACUCCGGACCCUGCGUGGACUGGAGAACGACGAAGAGCACCAGGAAGGGAAACUGCUCGCCGGGGAAACGGGCGCCCCAGGAAGCUGGGGCCGUGACGGCCUUGGGCCUGGCUGGUGUUUCGCUUCCCCUCGGCCCCACCACGGAGGCCCCUGGCGCGACUAGGCUCCAAGUGUCACCCUCGCGUCCUGCCACCCCCUGUCCCCGCCUCACUCGGCUCCCAUGUCCUCCUCCCGGGUUCCCUGCCUUCAAGGCGCCGUGGGGGGGGGGGGACCGGCCUCGAGUAAGGCGGCGGGCUGCGCCGCUGUCUAUGAGGCGCCAGGCUCGCGUGUCCGGGGCCCCCGCCCGUGACGUCACCCCCGAAGGGCCCGUGCGCCCCGGGCCUGGCCGCUACAGAACUCCUCAGGUCGCGAGGGCCGCUUCCUGCCCGGCCUCAAGGCCUGCGCAUAGGCCCAGGCGCCGCUGCCCGGAUGGGGACACCGCAGAGAGCCCGCGCACCCCAUCUCGCCACGCACGGCCCUCGCCGGCCCUGACUCCCACUAGACGGCCACACCGGGCCGCGGUCACGCAUGGAGAAGUCAGCUACCCGCCCCCCACUUCGGACGCACUCACAAAGCUCCCCUUGGCCCCCGGCGCCGCGCGAAUAUUCCCCACGUCCCCACCCCACGCUCCUCCAACACUCCACGCCUCGGCGCACGCAGAGCCCCUGCCACACUCGUCCCUCGCGCCCCCACCCGACCUCAGCUCCGCACACAUCCCCAGAAGACCCUCAGCCGCGGCACAGGGCGCCCCCACCCUACAGCUCCCCAGACGUCCAUCCGGUGACCUCGAGCACCCCCCCACACACCACACAAAGCAAGGACCCCGCGGACCCCACAUCUCAACCCAGCGCGCGCGCUCGGCCCCUGAAUCCGCCUCCGCUCCUUACCCGGCCCAAGAUCCCGACGUCUCGCGCCGCCACCGCCCCGGGGCAGCGUCCACUGGGCCCCCCGCGCCCGGGCGCUCGUUGCUCACCUCGGCGCCCGCGCUCACUCGGGGGCCCUGGGUCUGGCGCUGCGACUUCGCGGCCCGGAGGCCUGGGUGGCCAUGGGGGGUCCGGGCGCGGCAGCCCGGCCGGCCCGCGGCCAGGCAGGAAGGAGGGUGGGCCGCGGCGCCCCCUCCUCGCGCCGGCGCUCAGGUCGCGAGCAGGGGCGGCCUGCUCAGCUCGCCUCUCGCCCUCGCCGCCCUCGCUCUCCCACUCGCCUCUCGGAGCCCAGCCGCGGGCGGGGGCGGCGCCCAGGAGCGCUGGGAGCGGGCGGCGCGGGGAUCCGGCCCUGGCCGCACACCGGCCGGGCCUGCCUGGUGUCCGCGGGUGCCGCGGGGAAAUGCGAUCCCCUCCGCACAGGAAGAGCGGCCGGGCGGGCGACGCGCGGGGGGAGAAGGAGAGCGAGAGCGCGAGGAAAAAAGUUCCCGGGCGGCCUGGCUGCGCUCGCUCGCGGCCCCGGGCUCCAGGUGGGCCGUGCGCGCCCCGACAGCACCCCCUGGCGGUCCGCGCGCCCCCCGCCCGUCGGCCUGCGGGAGGGGGCCUCUGCGGUGGGAUCCCCGCACGGCACGGGAGGACUGUAGCGCCCUGCGUUCAGGAGCUUCCAGCGUCGAGCCAGGCCCCCACCCUCACCCCGCCGCUAGCCCUCACCUGUGUCCACCUCUUUACAGUUUGAGAAACAUUUUCGAUUUCAAAACUCCACUGGCUUCAUGUAAAAAAACUUCAUUUACUAGGCACCUGGCACCUUGCUGAGUCCUGAGGAAUCAGCAGAGACAAUGCUGUCCCUGCUGUCAUGGAGCUGGCAUCCUGGUGGGAAGAGACAGACAGCAAACAAAUGCUUAGAUACACGACGAAGAUAAUUUUAGCAGUAAGUGCUAGGAAGAAAAUUAGCAGGUGAAGUGACGGCUAGGGCUCCUUGGCUGGGGGUGAGAUAAGGAGGCCUGUCUGUGCAAAGAUCUAAAUAGCAGGAGGAACCGCCAUGGGUAGUCUGGGAAGAGCAUUUUUUUCUUUUAGAGGCUUUGUUUUGCUGUGUUGCCCAGGCCAAGCUUGAAGUCCUGGCCUUGAACAGUCCUCCCACCUCGGCCUCCUGAGUAGCUGGGACUACAGGGGCCUGUCCUGCUGGGAAGAGCAUUCUUGGCAGAGAGAACAUCAAAUGCAAAGAUCCCGAGGCAAGAGAGAACUUGAGAUGGUGUCUUGCUAUGUUGCCCAGGCUGGUCUGGAACUCUGGGCUCAAGUGAUCCUGCUUCCUUGGCCUCCCGAAGUGCUGGAAUUUUAGGUAUGAGCCAUCACGCCUGGCCAGAACUGCUACUUUUGAGACCUACUGUGUGCCAGGUGCCUAGCGAUGCUGUAACAAAUUGCCACAAGAGGCUUAAAACAAGACAAAUGUAUUCCUUUUUUUUUUUUUUUUUUUGAGACAGAUUCUUGCUCUGUUGCCCAGGCUGGAGUACAGUGGUGCAAUCUCAGCUUACAGCAGCCUUUGUCUCCCAAGUUCAAGGGAUUCUCAUGCCUCAGUUUUCCAAGUAGCUGGGAUCACACCACCAUGCCUAGCUAAUUUUUGUAUUUUUUGUAGAGAGUGGAUUUCACCAUGUUGUCCAUGCUGGACAGAUUUAUUCUUUUUUCAUUCUUUACAGUUGUGGAGGUCAAAACUCCAAAAUCAGUUUCACUGGGCUAAAUCCAAGGAGUGGGCCGGGCUGGCUCUCCUGGUGCCUCCAGGGGAAAAUCUGUUCCAGUUUCUGGAGACUGCCUGUGUUUCUCAGCUUGUGACCCCUUGGUGACCUCUGGAAGCUAGAACAGGCAAGAAAACAAUUGCUUCCAUGGUCCCAGCUCCUGCUUCCUCCCUUGACCUUCCUGCCUCCACUCAUGAGGAGCCUUGUGAUUCCAUUCCAGGCCACCUGGAUAAUCCAGGCUAAUCCCUCCAUCUCAAGAAGACCCUUAAUUUAUUUAAUCACAUCUGCGAGGACCCUCUGAAUGCUGCCUCGCCACAGCUCAUUUUACAGAUAGGAAAAUAGGGGCUCAGAGAGGUGAAGUCACGGAUCCAAAGUCACGUAGCAGGUCAAAAGGAGAUCAUGUUUCCUGCCUGGAGGAGAGGCCCCUGUGGGCUAGAAUAGGGGAAAAAGGAGGGGAUAUAUCUCAGGAUAGAAUCCUGCACCCUGCCAGGGACCAGGCUUAUCCUUGGCUCAUUCCACAGGAUGCAAAGGCGCUUACUGUGGCCAGGCGAUUCCUGUGGCCUCACAAGGUAACACCCGCAUUUCAAUAGCCCCCUUGUUCAGAUGAGGAAACAGACUCAGGGAAUGAAGUCACCUGCCGAAGACCACACAGUCAUACCUAGAUUCUCCUGGCCUGAUCUCCUACCCAUGCUGCUGUCCUGCCUCCUCUACGAUCCCUGGAUGGAGCCUCCAGGCUGUUCUUACACAGUCCUGGCCGAGUGUGAGUGUGCAGUGGGACUCCCCUCAGCAAGCAUGUAGCUAGUACCUAUUUGGCACCUUCUAGGUGCAUUUCAGUCUUAUUAUCUCCAUUUUCGUAGAGGCCUAGAGAGGGGAGGAAUUUCUCCUAGAAUACCUACCUCUGUGUGGGCAGCUGUCAGCCAGGCUCUCUGCUUAGACAGUAACAGAGGAAUGAGAUGGAAAUUCAGAACUACUGCCCUAGCUCUGCCACCUGCCAAUAGCAUGGCCUUGGGUAUCUCCUCACCCUCUCUGAGCCUCCAGUUUCUAACAGGAGGAGUGUUGCUAUGCCUUCCUCCUUGGCUUAUGAGGAUUUAAAACACUUCAACACUGUACAGCUCUGGACCCCUCACCCCCUCAGCCUCCACCACUUCUACUGAGAAGACAGAUGUGACUGUAAAGCUUUCUUGCCAACAUCUUGUGAGUGCCCAGAGCCCUGUGGCAAGAAGCCUCUGCCAGGGAAAGGGAUGAGGGAAGUAAGGGCAGUGAUAGGGAAGCAGAGCCAGGAGAGACCCUUGGGCUUCCUUCCUUCAAGGCCUCUGGUCUCUAGCCAAGAGAAGAGAGUGAGCAGGUGAGAGCCCCGCUCAGCUCCAGGCAUUUUAUUUUUUUCCAGACAGGACCUUGCUCUGUUGUUCAGGCUGGAGUACAGUGGCACAAUCAUGACUCACUGCAGCCUCAACUUCCCAAGCUCAAGCAAUCCUCCCACCUCAGCCUCCCAAGUUGCUCUGACUACAGGUGCACACUCUCACCCCCAGCUAAUUUUGUAUUUUUUGUAGAGAUGGGUUUUGCCAUGUUGCUCAGGCUGGUCUCAAACUCUUAAGUGAUCUGCCUGCCUUGGCCUCCUAAAACUGGGAUUACAGGUGUGAGCCACUGUGUGUGGACAACUCCAGGCAAAUUGAUCACCACAGAGAAGGGGAUUCUGUCCAGUUCCAGGGAUGCCCCUUAAGGGGUCCCAGACCAGCUGGGCCAGAACCAGACAAGCCUCUGUUUAUUCAUUCAAUACAUAUUUAUGGAGCCAAAUGUCAUUCUAGAUUCCAUUCCCAGGAUGUGAUGUGGGACCCACCACACAGCACCCACAGUCUGGCAAGUGAGGCACAUAUUGAACCCACUCUGGAGAAGGGUCUCAUUAUCCUGAGAAAAAGGCCUCUUUGACCACAAGUAAAAGCUUUGGGAUCCAACAUUUCUUAGCAAUUGGAAAAAAAAAAGUUUAAUCAGAAUUUUGUUUUGAAAAAUGAAAUUAAAACUAUGAAAAUGUAUACAUUUUAUCUUCCACAAACAAAAUUUAGGUUAAUGUGCUAAUUCUUAGAUUAAUGUGCUGAUACUUAGUGUUAUGGUUUGACUGUCCCCUCCAAAAUGUAGGGUGAAAUUUAUUUUGUUUAUUUGAGAUGGAGUUUUGUUCUUGUCAGUCAGGCUGGAGUGCAGUGGUGAGAUCUUGGCUCACUGCAACCCCUGCCAUCCAGGUUCCAGUGGCUCUGCUGCCUCAGCCUGUUGAGUAGCUGGGAUUACAGGCACCCACCACGAUGCCUGGCUAAUUUUUGUUUUUUUAAUAGAGACAGGGUUUCACCAUGUUAGCCACCCUGGUCUUGAACUUCUGACCUCAAGUGAUCCAGCCCCCUCGGCCUCCCAAAGUGCUGGGAUUACAGGCAUGAGCCACUGCCCCCAGCUGACUUAUGAUGAGAUUUAAUUGCCAUUGUGAAGGUACUAAAACGUGGGACUAUUAAGAAGUGAUUAGGUCAUAAGGGCAGAACCCUCAUGAAUGGAUGAAUCUCUUCAUUGAAGGAGUGAGCUCAUUAUGAAGAAGGGGGGGGUAUUGUAAAAUGAGUUGGUCUCUCUCUUGCUCAUUUGCCCUUCUUGCGUCCUCCAUGGGAUAACACAGCAUGAAGGCCCCCACUAGAUGCUGGUGCCAUACUCUUGGACUUCUCAGUCUUCAGAAUCUUGAGCCAAACAGGGCGGACCCAGCCAAAUAGAUAGACAGAUCCUUGGUUUGUCAGCAACUGUGUGGAGGUCUCCAGCAUCACUCGCACCAACUUCAUGAAAUUCUACAGCUCUGAAGAUUUCCUUUGCCGCCAGCUUGCAUAAGCAGACCUGACAGAAGAGUUGCCAAUGGGAGGGCUGUAGAGACGCUGGUGCUAGGCGGGUGAGAUGCUGGAGUGCAAAUGAAGUAAGUGGCCAGGACAGUGGUGGAUAUAUUCACGUUUUGACAAUUCUUACUCCCAACUCAGAUAAUGAAUGCUCAGCUGUGGGGCACCCCAAUCAUACAAUUAACUGAAUCAGCCCAAGAUCUCUUGCAUCUGGAGUCAGGGAGGGAUAAAGUCCAUCUGAUUUCAGCUGGUGUUCUUGGGGAUCUCUGUUAUAAAGCCUACAUCCUACCUAGCACACUGAGUCUUUUGGUGGUAAUUACAACUGAUUUUCCUGGAGGGACCAUUCUUUCCCACUUGUGGCCCAUGUGGUCCAGGCUGGGCUGUCCCUACCUCUAGGAUGCAGAGACUGUCACUGCAUUUGACUUGGGUUCAACCGAAGUGCCCCAUUUGCCUGGCCACAGGGAUUGGUUCAGGCGUGGUUUGAAUGACCUGAGCCCGCCUGGAGUUUUGCUGGAAGCGUUGAGCUUUGCCGGAGCCUCCAGGAGUAGCUGAGCUGGUUGACUGUGAGUCUGAGAACAAAGCCAAUGGGGAAGAACGAGGAGUUGAGAGGCAUGGAGACACCCUCUGGGCACCUGGAUUCAGCUGUGCCUGAAGCUCCCAGGACUUUAAGUUACUUGAGCCAAUACGUUCACCUUUUUGGAUAAACCAGUUUGAGCUUGUUUUCUGUCACUUGCCUGAAAGAGAGCUGAUGCUUUACCCAGAGAAGAAAAAUUUGGAAUGGGGAGAGAAGGGGAGUGACCACUGUCUUCAAAGAUCUGAAGGGCCGCCUUGGCCUUGGGUGCUCACACACAGGCUGUGUGGUUCAGUGGGCAGAGAGAUUCAAGCAGGCUUCUGGCUGUUUAUGAAGAAUGUUCCCACAACGAGAGCUUUUCAGAGAGGGCCCCGGGCAACUUCAAGAAAGGGAGGAAGCUUCCCGUGUCUGGGGGUAUGCAAGCAGAGGCAGGACGUGGUGAAGGGGACUCAGGCUGACUAGGAGGACAGGGAUCUUGUAAUUUAGGAAUGUGACCUAGCACCUCCAACCAGCUUGCAUGUUGAGCCGGAGAAUAAUAGUCAGGCCCCAUCUUUAAUUAUAAAAUAUUUAAGAUAUUCAAGAAGGUACAGAAAAUAAUUCAGUGAUCACUCCUGCAUUCACCACUGUCAGCUGAAGAAAUAAAACCACCGGAACAGCCGAGCUCCUGACCGCAGACCCCUCCACCCUCCUGCCCUCCCUCCCGGACUGGUCAUUAAGCUUUGACUAACCCACGCAUAGUCCUAAGGGAUAAGUACUUCAGAGGUCUUUUUUUAAAUAGAAGGGUUAGAAUUGCCAUGC